CGAUAUUUUAGUCGUCGUUCUAUGGGGGAUUGUUACAUUCCAUUUUCGAUGUGAACGUGCUUCGAACUUUGAAUUUUCUACUUUAUUUAUUUUCAACAUUCAAAGCUCUAGUCGAAUUCAUCUGUCUGCAUAUUAUCAUUCGAAGUUUAUAAACUCGAGAUUUUAGCUGUUCGAAAUUUUAAGUCAUUCCAACAUUUUAUUCCCACCCAUUGAAGAAAGACAAAAACUAUCGAACCUCGUUCCUACUAAAUAAUAUCUAAAAUGAUAUUUCGUGAAAAAAAUUCGGUUGCCAACCCCAAAACAAUGUCUAAUUUUAUCUUCAAGUGCACGUCAUUUCAGGAGCUCCAAUAAAUGUGUGUACUUUAGGGCCGAGCAAUAAAAUCGCAAUGGCAUAUCUGCGGCUACCCGCUUAUCUAAGAGAAUUGAUUAGAAUACACGAGUGAAAGUACACAAAUCCAAGCUCAGCUUUCGCAGCGUUGAUUUUUUCAAGAGCUAAAAUUCACUGGCCUAAAGUUUGAUUCUCCUUUUCCCAGGAUUUCAUUCCGACUGGCGAGUUUAGUUUCGAUCGAAACCGAUUAAUUAAGGACUUUUGGAUUCACGAUCCUUCUGAAGUCACCGUACAACGAUGUGUCUCGAACAUCAAAGAUUCGAUUAAGGUCUAGGUCGGGUGAAGCACUGACAAGGACCUUGUGGAAUCCGGAAAUGAGUUAGACGACCUUGUAUCAGGGAAUCAUCGCUUUUUCUGUCCAUUAUCUCGAUCCGUGUAUCGAGAGAUUCUGUAAAGCGUCACGCAAUCAGAAAGCCGGCGGUCGAACGAUUCUCAGUGAUUUAUCGACGCGACUUCAGAAGUCUUGGCAUCGUGAGUCGCUCAAUUUAGUAUAAUUUCCGGUUUCGCAAGCAAAGAGGCAACGGAGGUGAACGUAUUUUGAAAAUAAUGAAAAAUUCGCGUGGUUGGCGGUGUUGGUGCUGACGAUGAGUUUAUUAUCGAUAACCCGAUAGCCGGAGUGUCGAAUCGAAAGCGUUCGUUCGUCGCUUGAUAACGAGAUAGGCUUUUAUCGCUGGUGGAUCGCGAGAUCGAGGCUGUUCUGGCGUCUUUGAAUUUCGAUCGUGUCAGUCGGACGUUAUCAGGGGGAAGUGGGCGACGUGAGAAAGUGGCAAGUUCAAAAUAAUUCGGAGGGAAAUAAUGUGGAAUUAGCGAGGCAAAAGGGGGUUGAAAUUUAAUUGCAAUUCCUGAGCGUUGAUUGCGAAACUUUCGGAAUUCUGGACGGAGCAAUUUGGAUUUUUGGAUCCUCUAUUUUUCCGAAUUAAUUUUAGUUCCGGAUGUACUCGGAGGUCGAUUUUGAAGCAGUUUAUUCGGAUUUGUUCUACUUUGGGUCUGAACUUUUUUGUCCAAUUUUUUUGACCACCGUCGGAGCUUGGUUCGAGUGAUUUAACUGCGAUUUGAAUUCUCCAAGAAUUAUGCCAAUUUUCGGACCAAAGUAGUUCAAAUUUCGUUGCAACACGAUUAUCCAGCUGGUGUGAGUGCUCGUAAUUGAAUUGCGGACUUCCGUGGCUCUAGGCUUCAUCCCGGGCCCGCUCGAACUCGUCUGCAAAAGCAUUGAACCGAGAUGGGAGCCUCGUGCCGCCAGCACCGAGGCCAGUAAACCCUGAGCGGUCUUUAUGAUCCUUGGAAUAAAAAGAUAUCGUCGAUUCGACGAGAUACCGUCGAGGCGAGACGCGAACGUCACCGGGAAGACGAUCAUUACCGGAAGAAAAACUGCAACGAUUUUCACAAUCGAAUCGUCAAUCUCGCACCCUUCGAACCCCGGUGAUGACCGACAGCUUUCUGAACCUCGACAAAUUGGCAAUGGGCAACGCUAAAUCGAAACGGAAAGGUCCCCUCAGCAGGAGCAAAGCUUCCUCUCCGUUUGCCGACAGCGGAAAAACCGCCGGAAACAAUCAUGGGAGCGAACGCGACUUUUCUAUCGAGAUCCACGAACGAUGGGCCGAAGACCCCGAUCUCAAAAUCAUCAAAUCCACCAUCGAGAGGAACCCUGAAAUGUUUGUCUUGAACAAUCUCAUGAUGUGCGUCCAGUUCUUCGAGAAUUAUGACGAGGAGAUCAACGACAUCAGAAAAACGUUGGUCUCGACGAGGGAGGCAGAAAUGAACGCUCGUCGCCUGCCUCAAAAGCACAUUCUGAUUCCUGACGUGCUGCAGGAGCACGUGGCGCGGAGGAUUGAUUUUUCUUACAUGUUGCCAAGCCUCGAGCAUACGACGGAACUCCUUCAGCCAAUCCGGGUUUACGUCGUCUUUGAAAACAUCGAAGUUACUGAGGAAAGCUACGCGCCGGCUUAUUCGAGCGUUAAUGAGUCGAUAACUUACAGCAUGCAGCUGAAACCUAGUCCGACACACAAAGGGUACGUUCAUCUCCAGCGUCUCGAAGUGAAUCCACCAAAGAAGACGGCGAGCGUCGAUGACCUGCGGAUGCCUUCAGUUGUGAAUGAGUCGAGGGAGGAGGUUUACAGCGACAGUGAAAGUUUUUAUGGCAACAAAUUCAAGAAAAAUGGUGGGAGGAGUAAAAACGUGAAUAAUUCUAUGAACGAAGAAAGCGUUUUCGAAGAUUCUCGGUUAGCGUCGCAGCCAAACAGUGGCGAGUUUGCAGGGAGCAAUCGAGCUCGGGAAGGCAACGGGGACGGUUCGUUGAUGGAGGACAGUGCAGCGAUGAGGAAGGAGAUCGAAGCGAGACGUGCCAGGAUGAAGAGCCCUCAAAAACAGCAUGGGAAGUCGAAGUCGCUAAAUCCAGCGAUCGGAAGUCCCGGUGGCAGCACCAGCUCCGGUUACAGAUCCGGCAACUACACGGAGAUCGACAGCGAUUACGGCUACGCGCAGACUUCGUACAGCAACACACCAAAGUCGUCGAAGAGUUCGUUGGAUGACGGGUUGUCGAGUAUUUUAUUGACGGAGUUGCCACGCCAGUGUUUCAAGAAAUUGGAGUUCCGAGGGGACGGUAAAAUCUACGAUGCUCGAAGGGAGAAGAAGACGAAGAUGACGACGAAGGAGCAGCGCAUAUGGCAGGCCUAUCAGAGCCGGAAUUACGUGAUUUGGUACUUGAACAGCGCCAAAUUCAUGAAAUACUUUUGCCAGUUGUUCACCGAUCAGUUAGCGAUCGGAAUGGGUUUUGAUGCCGACAUAAACGACAGUGCUCACGGCUCGGUUAUUUACCGGGACAAAGUGGAAGUUCUGGAGGGAACUCUGACCACGAAGCUAGAGACGUUCGAGAUUGUUCCCUGCGUGAGUUCGCAGUGGCCUCAGUGUGCUCAAGAGUGGCUCGACAGGCCGAGAAAUUCCUGGCCCCAACACGAGGUUGUCGAGAGAAUCAGGAAAUUUGGUUGUCACAUAAUGCCCGAGAGCGCGAUCGAUGACAAAGGGACGAGCCAUUUCCAUGACCUCGAGUGGAAAUUGAUAUUUCCAGCUGCCGAGCGAUUCCUGGAGACCUGUUUGAGCCAUUCGCAGGCCAGAGUUUACUUGAUCGGCCUCAUGCUUCACAAGACGUACAUAAGACCGAACGAUUCGAUAUUCGGACUGACCGCAGCGCACAUAAAGAACAGUCUCUUUUGGCUCAUCGAGGAGGAUGAUCGAGCUACGAAAUGGAUGGAGAGCAGAACGGGCGAGGCCUUGAUGCGACUGCUCAAGUCUCUGUACCGAGCCAUCAGCCAGGACGAGCCGAAUCUUCCAGAUUUUUUCAUCAAAGGGAAAAAUCUCUUUCAAGAAAAGUCUUAUCUCCUCAGAACGCAGAAGCAGCUCAAGAGGAUCAUCGAGAAUCCUGUCAUGUACGUCUUCCACGCCCUGGAGAACAUGAUGCACAGUCGAAAGUUCUUUCCACGUUUAGAUUACGAGGAAUUGUUGAAGAUACUCACGGCUGAUAUUCUCAUCCUGAUCAAUCCAGUUCUGGCACCAAGAAGCCUCAAAUCCGUUAGCGUCCCCAGCGCUGAAAAGGACUACGAUCAUGUAACCGGCUUUUGGGACGACGUCAAGAGGAAGGUCCACGAGAAGCCAAAAAGUUACGUGAAAAAACCAGCGCGCAACAGGAGCUUGAUAAAUCCUCGCAAGUCCCAAGAUCAAGUUAUUGAAAUACCGAUGCGGUGUGCCAGCAUGGAGCCUCGAAGGCUGUCAGCCCUCCUCGAUUUCUUCAUCAAACACUUCAUCAAAAUGGCAGAAUAUUGUCACGCGUACAGUGCCAUGCCCCAGAAAACGGCGUACAUCGAACAAGCCGAGAGACUGUCCGUUCUCCUUUCGGAGCACCCUUCUCACAAGCACGUUGCGAAGGAGCACAUUGAAAAAAUUUGCUCGCUGAAGAGGCGAGUAGCAAACGCGAGAACGCACGGUGCGCCACCGGAAACGCCACGCCGGAAUCCCGACAUGCCGAUUUUCACGAGACCGAUGAACGAUCCGUCGGGAAGCAACGAACUUCGAGAAGAAAAUACGCUUCCGGCUGAGUCUGAUGAAGAACCGGAGGGACGAACGAAAGCUCAGACAACGAAGGCUGUAAUACACGGGAACGAUAUCGAUCGAUCGAAGAUCCUUGAUUCUCCACCUUCCAAUAGUGACACAACGAUCAGGGAAGCUGGCAGAUCGAAGAGGACCGCUCGCGUCGUUUCACUCUCCGAGGAACCGGAAGAAUCGUUUUUAACGGAAACCACUUAUAUUUAAUUGUUGUACGAAAAUAUAGAAUUUCUUAUGUUGUUUCAAAUGA